GGUCCCUGUCAAGUGUCAAGACUGAAGAACCACUGUCAAAUCAAAUGGAAUUCCAUUCCCAUCUGCCCCAACCCCCACCGUCGCCAUCACCAUCGACGCCGCAUCCACAGUCCCAAAUCCCACCACCUACAAAUCAUCCGAAAACCCCCAAUACCAAUCGCAAUUUCGAACAACCAUGAAGGCCAUUUUGGUCAUGGUCUCCCUCUUGCUCGUCAACUCCUUCCUCCCCUGCUACUCCCUCGAAGACGACGUCGCAUGCCUCGAGGGAGUGAAGUCCUCGCUCACUGACCCAGAAGGGCGGCUGGGCCAAUGGGACCUCGCCAACAGGUCGGUGGCCUCUAUCUGCAAGCUGGUCGGCGUUUCCUGCUGGAAUGAGAAGGAGAAUCGCCUCAUCAGCCUCCAGCUCCCGUCGAUGGAGCUCGUCGGAAUGCUCCCGGAGUCUCUCAAGUUCUGCCACAGCCUCCAGAGUUUAGACCUGUCCGGUAACGCUCUCUCCGGUUCGAUUCCUCCUCAAAUCUGCAACUGGCUUCCUUACCUCGUAACACUGGAUCUCUCCGGCAACGCUCUCUCCGGUUCCAUCCCGCCGGAGAUCGUCAAUUGUAAGUUCCUCAACACUCUAAUUUUGAACGAUAAUCGCCUCUCCGGUUCUUUGCCCUACGAGCUCGGCCGGCUUGAUAGGCUGAAGAAAUUGUCCGUCGCUAAUAACGACUUAACUGGUACGAUUCCGCCGGAUUUGUCGAAAUUCGAGAAGGAUGAUUUCGAUGGGAACGGUGGUCUUUGUGGGAAGCCUCUGGGGUUGAAAUGUGGUGGAUUGAGCAGCAAAAGCCUCGGCAUUAUAAUCGCCGCCGGUGCUGUUGGUGCUGCCGGGUCUCUGAUUUUGGGAUUGGGCAUUUGGUGGUGGUUUUUCGUCAGGGCGGGUCGGAAAAAGCGAAGCUUUGGUGAUGGUGUUGGCGGUGGUGAAAAGAGUGAGGGUGGCUGGGUUGGGUUAUUGAAGUCUCACCAGGCUAUUCAGGUGUCCCUGUUUCAAAAACCCAUUGUGAAAGUCCGGUUGGCGGAUUUGUUGGCCGCCACCAACAGUUUCGACUCCCAAAACAUUGUCAUUUCUACGAGGACCGGUGUUUCUUACAAGGCUGUGCUACCUGAUGGGUCGGCAAUGGCGAUUAAGCGGCUCAAUGCGUGUAAGCUUGGUGAGAAACAGUUUAGGUCGGAGAUGAAUAGGUUGGGGCAGCUCAGGCAUCCGAAUUUGGUGCCUUUGUUGGGGUUUUGUGUUGUGGAGGAAGAGAAGCUUUUGGUGUAUAAGCACAUGUACAAUGGCACGUUACACUCUCAGUUGCAUGGAAGUGGUAAUGUGAAUAGCCAGUAUGGUUUUUUGGAUUGGCCGACUCGGCUAAGGAUUGGUGUAGGUGCGGCCAGAGGGCUUGCCUGGCUUCACCAUGCAUGUCAGCCGCCUUAUAUGCAUCAGAACAUUAGCUCGAAUGUGAUUCUUCUUGACUAUGAUUUUGAAGCUCGCAUAACGGAUUUUGGGCUGGCAAAGCUGGUGGCUUCUCGUGAUUCCAAUGACAGUUCGUUCGUAAAUGGGGAUUUGGGAGAGUUUGGUUAUGUGGCUCCUGAGUACUCGAGCACAAUGGUGGCAUCGUUGAAGGGGGAUGUGUAUGGAUUUGGGGUGGUUCUUUUGGAAUUGGUGACUGGACAGAAGCCGCUUGAAAUCAGUAAUGUAGUGGAAGGAUUCAAGGGGAACUUGGUGGAUUGGGUGAAUCAUUUAUCAAACACUGGUCGAAGUAUGGAUGCCAUUGACAAUGUCUUAACCGGGAAAGGUCACGAUGAUGAGAUUUUGCAGUUUAUGAGGAUUGCUUGUACUUGUAUUGUUUCUAGGCCAAAGGAUAGGCCUUCCAUGUACCAGGUUUGCGAGUCAUUGAAGAGUUUUGCUGAGAAACACGGCUUCUCCAAACAGUAUGAUGAAUUUCCGUUAGUGUAUGGCAAACCUGUUCCUGAAUCCUGAUUUUAAAAGAAUACGCACGCAGGGAGAGUUCCAAAAGCGCAAGAUAAUGCAGCAUUUCAGUAUGUCUUCAUUGUAUGCGGACGAAGGGCAUGUUCUGUAAUUGGUAUGGUUUCCAGUAGGGCAGGAUUUGGCUGUUGUAACGCUCACCCGUUGAAUCAUUCUGUAUCAUAAAGAAACAUUAUGCAUUGUAAUGUUUAGGUAAUCCACAAAAUCUCUGUUUUCGUGUCUUGAAAAUGCUAGCUCAGAAUCUUGGAAGUUUCCCUUGCCAGAAAAUGCUUGAAAUGAACUUCUUAAAUUGUGCAAAUGAAGUCAACGAAGAGAAAUCGGAUUUCAUAUAUAAUCCGCAAGCACACCUAUAUGCGGAUUUUUUUAUAGAUUUGUUAACGCAUUCAACGAAGAGAAGUUGUCAGUGCUUGGAUUUGAGUAUGCUUGAUCAAAUAAGUUAAUCGAAGGGUAUCAAGAACGGAAACAAAGAACUGUGGCUUGUAUCCUGGAAAUGCUACAUGUUAAUGUAUGGUGCUGGAACAGGCGAUCAUGCUGUUCUUGUUGCUCAUCGGCGGUUCGUUAAUAUACUUGAGAAGAAAGCAGACUGCUUCCACUGCUGGAUUGUUGAAUUCAGAGCAACUCCAGGUUUUAUCAGUGCCAUUUCGGAAGCUCAUUCGAGCAGCAUCCAACCGUACCGUUUACUGCCUCCAAUUUCACACCCUGGAUAGUUUUUCUGGCGUUAAAAAGAACCCUUUUUAGUAGUCUCUGUUUGUUAUGCAAUAUUUCUCAUACAGCGUAUUAUUCUUUGGUUAAGAAUGUAGAAAAAUCUGACAUUACCAUACAGUCGAAUGCAAUUUAUUUUUUCGGGUCAUUACAAUCGAAUACAGCAAACGAACGGCUCAAGAAAAGGUAGGAAGGCAGUGUAAGGAGUUACAUGCAGAGACGCUUCAACUUAGCAAAAGCGUCAUCCCCUACACUUACUGCUUACAACUAAUGAGGACAUGGAAGACCAUCAUUGUUUAAAACAAAAACCAGCGAAGAUGAAGGCCUUGACCCAAACAACAUCACACAGCUCCGCAGAAUCACGCGACGUAAGAGCAUCCGCCGCCAUAUUGGCUGAUCUUGGGACCCAAGACCAGCGACAAUUCUGAAAGGCUUUCCCCAAGAGCUUCACCCUUUCUAAAAUAGGAAAAGCCUCCCAACUGCCAUUCUCCAUAGAAUUUGAGAGGCAAGAAAUCGCCUCGGAAAGUAAGGUUCAUUGGGUAAAACGUAAACUUGCGUAACACGGAAAGUAAGGUUUCGACGUUGAGGUUGCAAAGUUACAGAACAAGAUAUACCAUGUUAUUGACGUUUCCUCCGAAAAAUAUACAAAACAAGAGCCACAGGCCAUUGGUGACUAUUGUCAGUUCUCCUAAUGAGUUUCUUCGGAAAAUCAACAAAGCAGCAGCAGCAGCAGGGGAAAAAAAAAA